AUGCCUCUCUCUACCAACGACAAGACUAAUGAGACCGCUUCCAACCUGGUCAAGACAUUACAAGGAGCAUUCCACACACCACCAGGCUUCAGACCAGCCCACGCCCGAGGGAUUCUCCUCAAUGGCACAUUCACACCCACCUCGGAAGCAGGCGCUCUAAGUUCGGCGCAUCACUUCAAUGCCAGCUCGACACCUAUCAUCGUACGAUUCUCAAACUCGACUGGCAUCCCACAAAUCCCCGACAACGCAGGCGAUGCGAACCCACGAGGUAUCGCCGUUCGGUUCGUCCUGCCCGAGAAGAACGGACGGCGCCAACACACCGAUGUCAUCGCGCACUCGACGCCUUUCUUCCCCGUCCGCACGGGCGAAGAUUUCCUCGAACUUCUGGGAGCGAUCGGCGCGUCUUCAGCACCGGACGCCCCCAAACCGUCGCCGAUUGAAGUCUAUCUGGGUAAGACGCCCUCGGCGGCGGCAUUCGUCAACGCGCCGAAACCCACCCCAGCGAGCUUCGCCACGGAGAAGUAUUUCGGACUCAAUGCUUUCAAGCUCGUCGCGUCGGACGGCAAGGGCACGUUUGUGCGAUACCGCAUCACGCCGGACGCAGGCGAGUCGCACUUGACGGACGAGGAAGCCAAGGCCAAGGACCCGGCGUUCCUGCACAACGAGAUCCAGACCCGUAUCAUCGACGGCGGCGCGUCCUUCACCUUGUGGGCCCAGGUCGCCGAGGAAGGGGACCCGACCAACGACAUCACGAUCCACUGGCCCGAGUCGCGCAAGCUGGUCAAGCUGGGCACCAUCAAGCUCGAGGCCAUGGCCGACGACAACGACGAGAAGCAGCGCACCAUCAUCUUCGACCCCGUGCCACGCGUCGACGGCGUCGAGGCGAGCGACGACCCAAUCAUCGACAUGCGAGCCAGCAUCUAUCUCAUCUCCGGCCGCGAGAGGAGAGCCGCCGGGCCUCACCACUAA